AUGUACUAUUUCGAACCUCUCAGGUUUUGUCAAGUGCGGAAUGGAGAUGGUUACAUAAUCCAUUCUUAUGUAAUCACGAGCUCGAGGUCUGAGCCAGCGGUUGCACCUGCGCACCGUUAUGACGGAGAAGCCCCACCCAAGCCAACGGCUGGGAAAACUUCCUACUGGCACAAGCCGCGGUCGCAGCCCACAGCAAAGCUCGAGUCUUGUCCCCUGGUCACUUUCUUGUGGGCAACGCGUGCGACCUCGAUUCGCUUCGAUAAUUCCCACCCAUCUGGACAUGAAGUCUGGUCAACAUUAAUGUUGACAGCUUCCAGAUUCACCCGCCGAGUCAUGACGUCCUCAUACGCCAAUGGCUCCGCCAAGGCGGCCUACUCUUCUUCUGCUGCGACGACCACUGCUCUGAGCAGAUGGAGCAUCGCGACGAAACAGCUGCCAGCUGUCGACAAAAUCAAGAGCCUACACAUUUACGACUUUGACAAUACCCUCUUCAAAACCCCUCUCCCGAACCCCGCGCUAUGGAGCGGCCCUACGAUUGGUGUGCUCUCCUCGCAGGAUGUCAUCUGCAAUGGUGGCUGGUGGCACGACUCCCGAAUUCUUGCAGCGACGGGCGAAGGCGCCGAUAUCGAGGAGAAAAAAGCUUGGGAGGGUUGGUGGAACGAGAAGAUUGUUGAGCUGGUCAAGCUUAGCAUAAAGCAGAAAGACGCCCUCUGCGUGCUCUUGACCGGUCGCUCCGAGCGCGGCUUCGGCGAGCUCAUCAAGAGGAUGAUCCAGAGUAAAGGCCUCGAUUUCGACAUGAUUGGCCUCAAGCCUGCCGUCAGUCCAACGAACCAGCAUUUCAGCAGUACUAUGCAUUUCAAGCAACUCUUUCUGGCGGCAGUGAUGGAGACGUAUAAAAACGCUGAGGAGAUUCGCAUCUAUGAAGACCGACCGAAACACGUCAAAGGAUUCAGAGAUUUCAUGACAGAAUACAACCGCAGACAAAACCUCAAUGCUACCCGCACCCGAGGUCCAAUUACGGCAGAGGUCGUUCAAGUGGCAGAUCUAUCCACAACAUUGGACCCUGUGGUCGAAGUUGCAGAGGUGCAGCAUAUGAUUAACCUCCAUAAUGAGGAGAUCGCAAAGCAACCAGCCGAUAUACGUCCACAGCGGCUUCAGAUUAAGAAGACGGUCUAUUUCACAGGCUAUAUGAUCAACAAAGAGGAUACAGCGAGUCUGAUGAAGCUCGCCCAAAUCCCCUCAGGAAUGCCUGAGCAGGAGCUCAAAUUCCACGCGAACAACAUUCUCAUUUGCCCGCGUCCUUGUCCUGCGAGCAUUCUCGAAAAGGUCGGGGGCAUGGGCAGCAAGAUGAAGUGGGAGGUUACAGGCACAGCUUGCUUCGAAAACAGCAUAUGGGCAGCUAGUCUUCGUCCUGUGCCUGCCACAGCAAAGUUCCACACCGACAACCCUGCCCCUCUGGUUGUACUUGCCCUCCGUAAAGGCGCCCGCCCAGUUGAUGCCGGCAAGAUCCAAAACUGGCAACCCAUCCCUCCCGAGAAGGCUAUGACCUUUGAAACCACGGUCGGCGAAAAGGUGAUUUUGCGAAUCGAGCCCGAGGAUCCCCGCGAAGAUGAGUAUGAAUCACUCUUCGCCAACAAGUCAUCUAAGCGGAAACAUGAUGGCGGUGAUUACUCGCGCGACCAUCGCCAUGGCCCUUACAACGGUCGCAACGAGCGUCGUGACUUUCACUCGGGACGGAACCAAAAUCGCGGAGGAUACCGUGGAGGAGGCAGAGGUGGUAGAGGCCGAGGUGGUUCUAAGGGUGGCCGUGGUGGUCGCGGCAUGCACGGCUACCGCUCCCUCGACGACGUGGAACCUCGCAAUCAACAGGGAGGUUACGGCCAGCCGGUGGAAUAUGAUGACAACAGCUACCCAACCCUUCCUCAGCAGCCUCAACAGCAAGGCGGCCCCUACGGCCAACAACCCCAAUACCAGGCUUCGUUUGGUGGUGCUUGGUCAUCAGGACCUCCUCCAAAUGCCCCAACUGGACCCCAAGGCCGUCCAAUGGGCGGUGGCGGCGCUAAAUACGGCGGUGGCGCAGGUGGAAGCGACUUGCAGAACUACUACUAG